GUCAUCAUUUCCUCUCCUCCUUGUGAUCAGUGCUUUCAUGUAAGAGGAGCGAACAUUCCAUGGCCUGCAUAACAAUAAUGAGAUUUGACUAUCUUAGGCUGUCCUGUCGUCCUCACCUUGGUCUACUUCAUAUUGCAAGUCAACCCCUUCUUCUUGAAGGAAAAGGAAGAAACUCAAUCUCAACCGAUUCUCGUAGUCCAUUAGAGAAUGAUCUCCAUAAAAAAGUGCCAGCUGAAGUUCGUGCUGACAUCAAUCCGUAAAUGAUCCCGUGUGACCUGAGAUAUUACAAUAUCUUCCCAUGAGGACAAUGUGAGCCAGUUUGAUAGCAAAACAUGUCCAUUUUUUUCGCAUAAUGACUGCUUUCAUUGCUCCUUCCAGCGUUGUUCUUGUAAUUUUCGGUUCCUUGUAUGAACUAAAGUAUGCCUGCUCAUAUAUGCGAAUUAAGCCACGGAUAAUCUUCCCAAUGGAGCCAAAAAGAGAAAAGUAUGUGAGGUUUUAUGGUAAUGAGAAGCAAACACCGGAAAAGCCGCUGCCCCUAUACAAGGUACCGAGCAGCAAACUCCCAAAGUUCGUGGGGUUUAAGGUUACCUUACCUGAAACAGCUGGGACAGCAGAGAAGCCCUGGAUCGGGACCCCGAUCCUCGACCCAGGAAGCGGCCUUGUCCUCCUAUGGAACAGGAUCUUCCUUUUCUCCUGUCUCAUGGCCCUGUUCAUGGACCCGCUCUUCUUUUACCUCCCAUCGGUAGUAGUAAACGGCGGUGGUACUUAUAGUAGCAGCUCGUCCUGUAUGACCACAGACCUGAACCUGGGCAUCGUCGUCACGUUUUUCCGAACAGUCGCCGAUGUUUUCUACCUUCUGCAGGUGAUGGUCAAGUUCCGAACUGCUUAUGUGUCCCCGACUUCUCGGGCAUUCGGGAGAGGCGAGCUUGUUACGGACCUGAAGCUGAUUGCUAAGAGGUACUUGAGAUCAGGUUUCUUCGUGGAUCUGCUAGCUGCCCUGCCUCUUCCCCAGAAUGUGAUAUGGUUCGUUCUACCAGCAACAAGAAGUUCCCGAGCAGCUCAUACCAACAAUGCUCUCGUGCUGAUCGUUCUGUUUCAGUACAUUCCCCGAUUGUACCUCAUCUUCCCGUUAAGUUCACAUAUAACAAAAGCUACUGGAGUUGUUGCGAAGACGGCUUGGGCUGGAGCUGCUUAUAAUCUCCUACUCUACAUGUUAGCAAGUCAUGUUUUGGGGGCCUCAUGGUACCUUCUCUCGAUUGAGAGGCAUGCAGGUUGUUUGAAAUCGGCAUGUGAUAACGAACUCGUGCCAAUGAAGUGUUUCCUUCGGUAUUUGGACUGCAAUACCUUGGAGGACGCUGAUCGAAAAGUUUGGGUAGAGAACACUACUGUUUUUAGUAUUUGUGAUCCCAACCAAAGUGACAGUUCGUUCAAGUACGGCAUAUUCGCUAGUGCAGUGACACAGAGCAUCGUAUCUUCGGACUUUGUCGAGAAGUAUUUGUAUUGCCUCUGGUGGGGUCUACAGAACUUGAGUUCAUAUGGCCAGACAUUGAGCACGAGCACAUUCAUCGGGGAGACCGCUUUUUCGAUAUUGAUCGCUAUUCUCGGACUUGUUUUAUUCGCUCACCUCAUCGGAAAUAUGCAGACCUAUCUGCAAUCGAUUACGGUGAGGCUCGAGGAGUGGAGACUUAAGAGACGGGACACAGAAGAAUGGAUGAGACAUCGUCAGCUUCCUCAGGACCUUCGGGAGCGAGUCCGGCAGUUCGUGCAGUACAAGUGGUUAGCAACAAGGGGAGUCAAUGAGGAAUCCAUCUUGCGUGCUUUACCAUCCGAUCUCCGUAGAGACAUCCAACGCCACCUGUGCUUGGACCUUGUCCGACGGGUCCCUUUCUUCUCACAAAGCGAUCAGCUGCUUGAUGCGAUAUGCGAGCGGCUCGUGUCCUCUCUGAGCACCAAAGGCACGUACAUUGUCCGUGAGGGGGACCCAGUGACGGAGAUGCUCUUCAUAAUUCGGGGGAGGCUCGACAGCUCCACAACCAACGGCGGACGGACAGGCUUCUUCAACUCGAUCACAUUGAGACCAGGCGACUUCUGUGGGGAGGAGCUGCUCGCAUGGGCCUUGCUCCCAAGGUCGACCCUCAACCUGCCAUCAUCCACGAGGACUGUACGGUCACUUGACGAGGUCGAGGGUUUCGCCCUUCGUGCCGAAGACCUCAAGUUUGUAGCGAACCAGUUCCGGCGACUCCACAGCAAGAAGCUGCAGCACACAUUCCGGUUUUAUUCCUACCACUGGAGAACGUGGGCAGCUUGCUUCAUUCAGGCUGCGUGGCGUCGGUAUAAGAGAAGGAUGUGUGCCAAGAGCCUUAGCAUGUGGGAGUACUCUCUCGACUCUGCCGAGCAAGUGGGAACUGUCAACGGGACCAAACAGGAUGAGAACGAGGAGGAAGAGCGCAGCUCGAGCUAUACGCCAUCCUGUCAAGCGAAACAGCACCUUGGGGUGACGAUACUGGCAUCGAGGUUCGCGGCGAAUACCCGGAAAGGGACCCAGAAAGCGAAGAAUGCCGAGAUGCCCAAGCUACAGAAGCCCGAGGAGCCCAACUUUUCCGCUGAGCUCGAUGACGAGUGAACAUACGAUGUACACAUGACUAAAAAAAUCUAGAAUUGGUACGGACUAUUUCAGUGAGAGUGAAAGGCUUGCAUUGACGAGGUAUCUAAAUUGCAUUUAGUGUCUAUACAUCCAUUUGUUGCAUACUAAAAAAUUUAAUUGUACCAAAGUAGGUUAGUUCAAGUGGUUUUUCACU